AUUGGUCUUGGACUUCAAGGUCGGCCCAAAUUGUGUUCUUCCCCUUCUUCACAGUCCGCCGCCGCCGCCGCGACGACUACCUUGCCUCCAGUCUGCUUCCUCCCCGCCGAAGCAGGCAGCCGCGGCGGAGCCACGCCGAAGCGAUUCUCACUCUUAAUCGUCGACCUCGUCCUCCUCAACAGCUGCUCUCUACCGGUAUCGUGUUGCCUUGGAGCGGAGAUCCAUCCGUACUUGCCAUUUCUUUGCGGGAACGGAAAAAUUAUUCUGGAGAUUCAGUAAGGAAAAUGAACAAGGGAAAGAUUUUCAAGUUAGCCAAGGGAUUUAGAGGAAGGGCAAAAAAUUGCAUAAGGAUAGCAAGGGAGAGGGUUGAGAAAGCCUUGCAAUAUUCCUACAGGGACAGACGGAACAAGAAGAGGGAUAUGAGAUCGCUUUGGAUUGAGCGCAUCAAUGCUGGUACACGAUUGCAUGGGGUGAAUUAUGGCAACUUUAUGCAUGGAUUGAUGAAGGAGAACAUCCAACUGAACAGGAAGGUGCUCUCAGAGCUGUCGAUGCACGAACCUUACAGCUUCAAGGCGCUUGUUGAUGUAUCCCGCACCGCAUUUCCAGGGAACAGGCCUGUCAAAAAGGAGGGUCUAGCAGCUAUCCUAUGAACCAAUCUUUCCAAUAAGUCACUGAAAUCAUGAUGGUUGUUCCUUCCUUGCAGUUGAGAGUUACUACUAAAUUUGCUAGCUACUUAGCUUGUAUACCCAGCAACCUCAUGUAAUUUUGUGUUACAAGUAUUUAUGCUAUUCCCUUUGGUACUCGCUUUAAUAGACAGAAUUGAAACAGCGGCAGCUUGGACUACACAUUAUGUUAUCUGUUGCCCAUGUCAGUUGCCUUGAUGGAGAUAAUACUAUAUGUACUGUUGACAAAUGCUGCAAUCUAA